UGGAGAGAGGAGGAAACCACUUCUCACAGGCCACUAACCAAUACCAAUGCAAGAGUCAGAGCAUGUGAGGAACUACUUUGAGGAAGCCAAAACAUCAACAGUGCAUUAUAUGAAAGAGCCGAGUGAAGUACAGACAAAGCUGCAGAGAAAAAGAUGGAGAAUCCUCUGCUUUUAUCUCCCCAGCUUAAUGCUUCUUCACGGAUGAAAUUAUUAUACAAGAGCAUGAAACCCUUCAGCAAAGAUGGGGUAAAGACAGAAGCAAAAAACGGGGCACAAGAAAAGAAGAACCGGUUGAGCCUCCUGCUGAAGAAGUCUGAAUUGCACCCAAAUCCCACCCAUCUUGACACUUUUGAUAAACUGACAAAUGCUUCAAGUGGGUCCCCUGAAGAACUAAAGAAAUGGGGUGAAUCUUUUGACAAACUUAUUUCACAGAAAGCUGGGAUGGAUGCAUUCACAAGGUUCCUCAAAUCCGAGUUUAGUGAAGAGAACAUUGAGUUUUGGAUGGUGUGUGAAGAUUACAAGAAGAUCAAAGACCCUGUUCAACUUUCACUCAAAGCAAAGGAAAUAUACAAGACAUUCAUUGAAAAAGAUGCUCCAAAGGAGGUGAACCUUGACUUUAACACCAAAGAGUGUGCCAGUCAGAGUAUCAGCCAUCCUACACUCAACAGCUUUGAUGCUGCACAGACCAAAAUCUACACACUCAUGGAGCAAGACAGUUACCCACGCUUCCUGAAGUCCAACCUUUACUCAGAUUUGCUCAAUGGCAGGCCUCUGGGCUAUUCUGCACUUCGAAGAAGAUCACGUUCAUUCACCUUCAAUGAAUUCAAAGAUGCUCCACCAGAUUUUGCCAUCUGGCUGUAAAGAAACAAUUGGCGUCUACAACUUUGAGGGUACAGUGAUACUGGCUAAAGGUCAUUGCCUCAAGUGACUUGUGCACGUGUUACUUCAUAUUCCCAUGGAAUUAUGGCCAUUUUCACCUGUUAAUUAUCUGGUCCUCAAGUUUUCCCCUA